CAUGGAGUUGUCUGUAAAUACAUUUGAAUCAUCACAAGUGACCAGUGACCAGUGUGACUAGUGAUCGUCUUACUGGACACAUGCGCUCUUUGGCUUCAGCCACUCAGACAACCUCCAGUGUCGUCUCCUCAUCCACUGUAUCUGCAUUGGAUGUUUCUUCUCCUCUGACCAUGUCAGAGAAUUUCCAAAAUCCACCUUUACUUGGAACUCCAAAUUCUGUGCAGCUCUCUCUUCCUGUAGUGAGCAAUGCAGCCUCCCUAACAGGAAGUGCCUGCAAUUUCUCCAGUCUCUCUGCUCCAGCCAUCAGUUCAGCAUGGCUACUACCAACAGCCUCUGGAACAUCUUUCCAGCCACUCAUGGGUAGUGCCUAUCUUUACCAACACUCUAGCACAACUAUGCUGUCUGGAGUUACUGGCCAGAGCCAGCUCUCCACUUCUGCUGCUUCCUACCCAGGUGUUUUUGAGUGGGAUAUGACAAGAGGCACUGAAAAGCAGUCAUCGUCACUCAGUGACUGCACUGUGACUGUCAUUGACCAGAACACAGCUGGGCCUUCCAUGUCUAUGGCACCCCAAUAUGAUAAAACUUCAGAUGGCUAUAACGUGGUCCCUCUGUACCCAUCAUUUUCUGCCAGCCUUGUUCAGAGGACACCAUCUCAGAUUCUAAAUCCUGGACAUAGCCUGUCACUUCCCUACCAGGAAGGAAGUCAGGUAUAUUACUAUAAUCAAAGCACACUGGGGCAUCUGCUCUCUGGAGAACUUGGCCCCUGCCUGCAAUCCUAUGGCUCUGUGUCGUACACAGGGAGUGGGGUCUCUGCCUCUCAACCAGAAAUGGUCAUGGUACUGAAAGAGGUUCAGCCCACAAACGUCCUACCACCGGCCUCCACCUCUGGAAUCUACUACCCUGUGUCUGCUCAACCCAUCGCAGAGACAGGUUUUCAAGUGAUGGAGACUUCCCUGGGAUUGCAACCUUCAAGCCAAACAUUUCGUCUACCACAAACUUCUACCCCCAAGUCCUACAAAAACAGAAAUAUCCAGAUACUUGAGAGUAACCCACCACCUGAGUUUGGGGAAAUUUCAAUGAUCGCUCCGGUCCAGAGUUCUAAUAAUCUCCUGGCACUGCCUUCAGCUCCAAGCCAGGAACAAAAAGAGAAUAAUACUUUUGAUAUUAAAAUUAAGCUUUCAAAGUCUCUGGAUGCCUACCAGAUCCCAAUAGAAAACCAAGAUCCUCCACUGCUCCCUUUAGAAAUCCCUGAUAUUCACCAGCUCCUGGCCUGCAUUGAUCCCCUUGGCCAAGGGGAACAACCUGGUUUUGAAAACACUGAUCUGGGAAAGAAUAGCCUGAGUCUUCAGGACCAAGGGACACUUGAAAAAAAUGGGAUUGAAUCUAGUGGUGGUUUGGCUGACAUCUCAAUGGUGGAGGACUUUCACCUUCCCCAGCUCUUCAAUUCCUUGAGUGACCUUGAUCAAUCCAAAGGUCCCGAGGUGAUCAAAGCCAAAGAGACCACAACCAUUAAGGUGAACCAAGUACUGGAAAAGCCAAAUGUCAUAAAGACUCCCUCUGAUCAAGUCAGGAAGCACAAACGUAAAGCCUCUGAGCCUGUCAGUAGCGCUCCGAAAGCCAAAAUCCAGUCCAAGAACCCAGGGUGCCCGUUAGAGGAAGAAGUUGUCAUUUGCAAUACUACAACCAGUGACAGGGCUCCUGUGAACACAGCCAAGCAUUCUUCUAACAGCAAACCUAAGAAAGUUGCAUCCAGCAGGAUUGGCAAAACUAAGAGCCAUGGGCAGGAAAAGAGCAGAAAGACCAGAGAAAACAACUCCAAGAAAACUGAAGAGAGUAAGCAGUCAGGAAACAGAGUCAAAGCAGAAGAGAAGCCAAUCAUUCCCAAGAUGAAGCGAAAGAAAAAUCAACCUGAGCUGAGCCAAGAGACUUUCAUAAAGCCUCGAAGCUGCCUGGGCAUGCAUAUGCUGGAGUCUGUGCAGGUUUUUCACGCACUAGGAAAGAAGAGUGAUAAGAAAACUGGACUCUCUUCCUCCCGGGCCCUGGGAAACUCAAGCAACCCCAAAGGCCCCCGGCCAUCUCCAGCUCUCAAACGAUGGCUGGAUACUUCACAUGAGGAAAAAGGUCCUGAGAAAACUCAAGUCAAACCCCAGAAACCAGAGGGCAGUGCUGACAAAGAAUGUUCAUCUCCAUCCCAGUAUGAGCUGCCACCUCCUGGGAAGGUCAAAUUGGUACCUUUGCCUUUUCCAACCUUGGACAAGCCUCAGGCUCGACCUGUCCACCGCAGGCCACAGUCUGUGGCACCACAUCGGCGUGCUGUGACCUGCCCUGCCCAGCCUGGUUCUGCUAACUCAGCUCAGCCUAUUGCAGUCAAUUCAGUUCGGCCAGCUCCUGUGUCUUUGACAGGUCCUGCCAGACCACCUCGGCCAAUUUUGACCAACCCAACCCAACCAGGUUUGGCAAACCCUACCCGACCUAGUGGCCCUCAAUCUGCUGCUCCGAGGCCUGCACCCUACAAAACAUCAUCUUGCACUUCUGCCCAGCGGGAGCCCAUUCCUACUGCUGUGACCAAGGUUCGGUCCCCACCCAAGCCUCGAAACCAAUAUCUACUCGAAGACUUCAGCUUCCAACCAAUUCCAUGGAGAAAACCCAAUGUUCCUGAACCUGUAAUGUCAAAGCCCAUCACAAAAGAGCAAAGGCCAGAGCGGGAGGCAAUGAAGAAGAAAGCUCAACAAGAGCGCGAGAAUGCUGCCAAAUACACCUCUUUGGGGAAACUGCAGUUUUUCAUUGAGAGGGAAAAAGAUAUGGAAAUUGCUCGAUACUAUGGCUAUGCAAUAUAA